AAGAGAUAGACCCAAACGCUGGCUACAGUCUGUCAUACAUAGGUUUAUGAAAUGUUUGUUAAUGUAACUUUGUCAUUGACAGUGUGAAAGGAAGCAUCAAUGAUGGCUAUGGCAAGAGCUAUGAAUAUGAUUACAAGGAUGAGGAAUAGGGUUGGUCCUAUUCUUCUACUAUGCUCUCCAGCAACAGCUACUCAUUCACACUCCUUCCAUUCCCUUAACCCAUCUCUCUGUCCUUCAAAAUCACACCUUUUCGCCUUCUCCUCCAUUUUCCUUCGCUCCUUCUCUCACCAUGUUCCAGGUAAUACAAGUGAUGAAGGUGCAGCCACAGAUGGGUGGGAAGAGGAAGAUGAGGCUGAACCUAAGAUCGGUGAUGGGGGUGAUGGUGGUGGAGUUGCCUUGCAAAAUGUUCCUUGGGGUCAGCGAGCUCUCUCUAUUGCUGAGGAGGUGCUUAUGCAGUUCAGUGAGGACAUCAAACUUUUUGCUUUCAAGACUACUCUUCGUGGAUAUGUUUAUGUGAGAUUGGACAAAUUAACUGCUGAAUAUGGCUGUCCAAGCAUGGAAGAGCUUGAAUGCUACAAUCAGAAAUACAAGAAAAGAUUAGAUGAAGUUGGAGCACUUGGAGAGAUACCUGAUGAUUUAGCUCUUGAGGUUUCAUCCCCGGGCGCUGAGAGGAUACUAAAAGUGCCAGAUGAUCUUAGGCGAUUCAAAGACAUGCCUAUGAGAGUCUUAUAUGCUGAAAAUAUAGACUCCAAUUGCCCAGAAAGGGAUGGAGUUUUUUUGUUAGAUUCUAUAGAAAAAGACUCAGAGAUAUGCGUGUGGAAGUUGGCAGACGUUAAAGAGAAUAGAGACCCUCUUAGAAAAGGAAGACCUUUUAGUCGUAAACAGAAGGAUUGGAGAUUAGAACUGCCAUUUAACCUGCAUAGAAUGGUAACUCUGUACAUUGAAUAUUUGUAA